ACAACAACAAAGGCACCAAAGAGAAAAACUCAGAUCCUCUUUGAUUUCAAUACUCUUUAACUUCACAACCAAAGAGAUCCAGAAAACCCAACAAGUUUAAAUGGCGUCCUUGCAAACUUCAACUCUCAUUUUCUCUUCUUCUUUUUCUUCUUCAUGCUGUUCUUCUUCAAGGAGAUCAAAUACCAAUGCUGCUAUCCAUGUCCCCAAGCUCCCAAGAGUCCGCUUCACAGUCCCAAAAACAGCAACGAAGCUGGUGCUUGAGGGACUUCAAUUGAGGGAACCAAAACAUAUCCUUGAUAAUGAUUCAUACAAUAACCAUUCUGCCAUUCCAGCAACUCCUACAGCUGCUACAACUCAGCUCUAUGCAAUCUUAGAAGCCGUAGCAGACAGAGUUGAGAUGCACAACAACAUUCGCGAGUGGCGCGACAACUGGAACACGCUUCUUCUCAACUCCAUCAACAUGAUCACUCUCUCAGCUUCACUCAUGGCUGGAAUUGCAGGCACUGCAGCGGGUGCUGGAGUGUCCGUUUCGGCCUUGAACAUCUCCUCCACUCUUUUGUUCUCUGCAGCCUCCGGAAUGCUUCUUGUGAUGAACAAGUUCCAGCCUUCGCAGCUCGCUGAGGAACAGCGCAAUGCCACAAGAUUGUUCAAGCAGCUCCAGAUCCAAAUCCAAACCAUGCUUGCUCUUCAUGAACCUACUGAACAAGAUGUGAAGGACACUAUGGAGAAGGUCUUGGCACUUGACAAAGCUUACCCACUUCCUUUGCUUGGAGCCAUGCUUGAAAAGUUCCCUAAAAAAUUUGAGCCAGCUGUUUGGUGGCCUAAAAAUAUUCAAUCUCAAAAGCCAAGCAAACCCAACUCCCAGAUGGGAAAGAUUAAUGGGUGGAGUGCUGAACUUGAAGAGGAAAUGAGGGAAAUUAUUGAAGUGGUGAAGACGAAAGACAUAGAAGACUAUGAGAGACUGGGGAGCUUGGUGUUGAAGAUCAACAAGAUUUUGGCAAUCUCAGGCCCUUUGCUAACUGGGGCUGCAGCCAUUGGCUCUGCUUUUGUGGGCCAGGGCUCAGCUAGUGCCAUAGUGGCAGUGGCUGCAGGGUCAUUGGCUAGCGCAGUUAAUGCUUUUCAGCAUGGUGGGCAAAUUGGGAUGGUGUUUGAGAUGUAUAGGAACUGCGCUGGCUUCUUCAACAAAUUGGAGGAUACAAUUCAAGCCACACUUGAAGAACAAGAUUUGGAGAAAAGAGAAAAUGGGGAGUUGUUUGAAAUGAAGGUUGCUAUGCAACUGGGAAGAAGUUCAUAUCAGCUUAGAGAACUUGCAUCAAAAUCAGCUUCAUCUCGUCUGGAGGGAAUAUCCAUAGAUGAAUUUGGUUGCAAGCUUUUUUAAGUAGUUCAUCAA